GCUGCAAGGCAAUGCUCCUCUGGCUCUCAAUCCUCAUGUGCUGAGAGAAAGAGAGAAAAAAACAGAGCCUUUCUCCCUAGCCCAGCUUCACAACUCUCUCUCUCUCUCUCUCUCUCUCCAAGAUGAGGAACACUACUCGCCUUCUUCUUCACCACCACCUGCUCUUCCUCCUCCUCUGUUUCUCCGCCACCUCCCCGCACGCCGCCGCCACCGCCGACGACGAUGCCGCCGCAAUGCUGGCCCUCAAGAAGUCUCUCGCCGCCCCGGAGUCCCUCGGAUGGUCCGACCGGGACCCCUGCAAGUGGUCCCACGUGGUCUGCUCCCAGUCCAACCGGGUCACCCGCAUCCAAAUCGGCCACCAGGGCCUCCAAGGUACGCUCCCCCAGAACCUGAACGCCCUCACCCAGCUGGAGCGCCUCGAGCUCCAGUUCAACAGCCUCUCCGGUUCGCUCCCGAGCUUGAGCGGCCUGAGCUCGCUCCAGGUCCUCAUGCUCAGCAAUAACCAGUUCGAUUCUAUCCCGACCGGCUUCUUCGACGGCCUGUCGUCGCUGCAGUCCGUCGAGAUCGACAACAACCCCUUCGCCGCCUGGGAGAUACCCCAGAGCCUACAGAAUGCGUCCGCGUUGCAGAAUUUCUCUGCAAACUCUGCGAAUGUGACCGGGAAGGUCCCCAACUUCUUCGGGGCCGCCGACUUCCCCGGCCUGACUCUUCUUCACUUGGCAUUGAAUGAUCUCGAUGGGGGUUUGCCCCAGAGCUUUUCCGGGUCGCCGAUUCAGUCGCUCUGGCUCAACGGGAGGGCCGGUAGUGGGAAGCUUAGUGGCGGUAUUGAUGUUAUAGCUAACAUGACUUCCUUGACGGAGGUUUGGUUGCAUUCCAAUUCCUUCUCGGGCCCGUUACCGGACUUCUCGGGGCUCCAGGACUUGCAGACCCUGAGCCUACGGGACAAUCUGUUCACCGGCCCUGUUCCGUCAUCAUUGACGGGUCUCCAGUCCCUCCAGUCCGUCAACCUGACCAACAACUUCCUCCAAGGGCCAGUGCCCGAGUUCAGGAGCUCGGUCCAGGUGGACAUGGCUGAGGACUCAAACAGCUUCUGUCUGCCAGGCCCUGGGGACUGUGAUCCCAGAGUGAAUACCUUGCUUUUGAUUGCGAAGUCGAUGGGUUAUCCACAGAGAUUGGCGGAGAACUGGAAGGGGAAUAACCCGUGCUCCGGUUGGAUCGGGAUUACUUGCAACAAUGGCAACAUCACCGUUGUGAACUUUGAGAAGAUGGGCUUCAACGGCACCAUUUCCCCGGCUUUCGCCUCGCUGACAUCGCUGCAGAGGCUCAUUCUCGCGAGUAAUAAUCUUACUGGUUCCAUUCCCACAGAGCUUACCACCCUGCCCGCGCUCGCGCUUCUUGACUUGUCGAGUAAUCGGCUUUAUGGUAAAGUCCCGACUUUUAAGAGUAAUGUGAUCAUCAAAACCGGCGGUAAUCCGGACAUUGGGAAAGAUAAGAGUAGUCUUUCAACGACUGGAUCUCCCCAAGAUGCAGCAGGUCCAUCAGGUAGUGUAACAAAUCGACAUGGCCGUCGAUCAGGCAAAAAGUCUGCUUUGAUCGGCAUCAUAGUUGUUUCUGCCGUUGGCAGUAUGUUUUUGAUUAUCUUGCUCGGUUUGUUGGGUUUCUGUCUAUAUAAGAAGAAACAAAAGCAGUUUACCAGAGUACAGAGCCCCAAUGCAAUGGUGAUUCAUCCACGCCAUUCUGGAUCCGACAAUGAAAGCGUGAAGAUAACAGUCGCGGGAUCAAGUGUUAAUGUCGGUGCGAUCAGCGAGACCCAUACUGUACUGGGCAGUGAAGCUGGUGACAUUCAAAUGGUCGAAGCAGGAAACAUGGUGAUUUCUAUCCAAGUCCUGAGGAAUGUCACCAACAACUUUAGCGAGGAAAAUAUAUUAGGACGAGGUGGUUUUGGGACGGUGUACAGGGGGGAACUACACGACGGGACAAAGAUCGCGGUGAAAAGAAUGGAAUGCGGGGUGAUAAUUGGGAAGGGCCUCGCGGAAUUCAAGUCGGAGAUUGCUGUUUUGACUAAGGUUCGACACCGUCACCUCGUCGCCCUGCUCGGUUACUGCUUGGAUGGCAAUGAGAAGCUUCUUGUAUAUGAGUACAUGCCCCAAGGGACACUGAGUAGACAUCUAUUUAACUGGCCUGAAGAAGGAUGUGCCCCGUUGGAAUGGACAAGAAGGUUGAUCAUUGCCUUGGAUGUGGCGAGGGGUGUUGAGUAUCUCCAUGGUUUGGCGCAUCAGAGCUUCAUACACCGGGACUUGAAGCCGUCGAACAUCCUCCUUGGAGAUGAUAUGAGAGCUAAGGUUUCGGAUUUCGGUCUGGUGCGUCUUGCGCCUGAGGGAAAAGGCUCCAUCGAAACCAGAAUAGCCGGAACAUUCGGGUACUUGGCACCGGAAUAUGCGGUGACUGGCCGAGUGACGACGAAAGUAGACGUCUUCAGUUUCGGGGUGAUCCUGAUGGAGUUGAUCACUGGAAGAAAAGCGCUCGAUGAGAGUCAGCCUGAGGACAGCAUGCACUUGGUGACAUGGUUCAGGAGAAUCCACAUCAACAAGGACACGUUUAAAAAGGCAAUCGACACCGUGCUUGAUCUCAAUGAGGAGACGCUCGCCAGCAUCAGCACAGUUGCCGAAUUGGCCGGCCACUGUUGCGCUAGGGAACCCUACCAAAGGCCCGACAUGGGCCACGCUGUCAACGUGUUAUCUUCUCUGGUAGAUGUGUGGAAACCGACCGAUCACAACCCCGAGGACGUCUUCGGGAUCGACCUGGAGAUGUCGUUGCCGCAGGCCCUAAAGAAAUGGCAGGCGUACGAAGGGACGAGCCACGUGGAUUCCUCGGCAUCGUCGUCCUACCUCCCUAGCAUGGAUAACACUCAGACAAGCAUACCCACGAGGCCAAACGGGUUCGCCGCGUCGUUCACGUCCGUGGACGGGAGAUGACAUCGACGGUCUGAAUGAGUUGGGGGGGUGUCCAUUCUGUUUGCUUCUUGUUUAGGUGCUUUCAGUUUCUUGUCAUGUAAUCUAAAUUCUUUCAUGGUGUUUUUUUAGCCCUGAUCUGAGUUUCUAACCUUUUCAUUUACACAUUGAUACUGCAGUUGAAGCUGUUCUGUAUGAGAUGCUCUGCAAAUGGAAUCCAGAGGUUUCUUGAAAA